CAACCGCUAUCCUCGUACUCCCCAUCGCCACAUCCUCUCCUCCCAACAUGCAGAUCUUCGUUAAGACCCUCACCGGCAAGACUAUCACACUCGAAGUCGAGUCGUCCGACACGAUCGACAAUGUGAAGGCGAAGAUCCAAGAUAAGGAGGGUAUCCCUCCUGACCAACAACGCCUGAUCUUUGCGGGCAAGCAGCUCGAGGACGGUCGCACUCUCUCGGAUUACAACAUCCAGAAGGAGUCGACCCUCCACCUUGUUCUCCGUCUCCGUGGCGGGAUGCAGAUCUUCGUUAAGACCCUCACGGGCAAGACGAUCACGCUCGAGGUCGAGUCGUCUGACACGAUCGACAAUGUGAAGGCGAAGAUCCAAGAUAAGGAGGGCAUUCCUCCAGAUCAGCAGCGCCUUAUCUUCGCCGGCAAGCAGCUCGAGGAUGGCCGCACGUUGUCCGACUACAACAUCCAGAAGGAGUCGACUCUUCACCUCGUACUUCGCCUCCGUGGUGGUAUGCAGAUCUUCGUGAAGACUCUCACGGGGAAGACGAUCACCCUGGAGGUAGAGAGCUCGGAUACGAUCGACAACGUGAAGGCGAAGAUCCAGGACAAGGAGGGCAUCCCUCCGGACCAACAACGCCUGAUCUUCGCGGGCAAGCAGUUGGAGGACGGACGUACGCUGUCCGACUACAACAUCCAGAAGGAAUCCACCCUUCACCUCGUUCUUCGUCUCCGUGGUGGAAUGCAGAUUUUCGUCAAGACCCUUACGGGAAAGACGAUCACGCUCGAGGUUGAGUCUUCGGACACGAUCGACAACGUGAAGGCGAAGAUCCAGGACAAGGAGGGUAUCCCUCCUGACCAGCAGCGUCUCAUCUUCGCUGGAAAACAACUCGAGGAUGGUCGCACGUUGUCCGAUUACAACAUUCAGAAGGAGUCGACGCUUCACCUGGUCCUUCGUCUGCGUGGUGGCAUGCAGAUCUUCGUCAAGACGCUUACCGGCAAGACAAUCACGUUGGAGGUUGAGUCUUCGGACACGAUUGAUAACGUGAAGGCAAAGAUCCAGGAUAAGGAGGGCAUCCCGCCUGACCAGCAGCGCCUCAUCUUCGCUGGGAAGCAGCUCGAAGACGGCCGUACGCUGUCGGACUACAACAUUCAGAAGGAGUCUACGCUGCAUCUCGUGCUUCGUCUGCGCGGCGGUAUGCAGAUCUUCGUGAAGACGUUGACUGGCAAGACGAUCACGCUUGAGGUCGAGUCGUCGGACACGAUCGAUAACGUGAAGGCGAAGAUCCAGGACAAGGAAGGCAUUCCUCCUGAUCAGCAACGUCUCAUCUUCGCCGGAAAGCAGUUGGAGGAUGGCAGGACGCUUUCGGAUUACAACAUCCAGAAAGAGUCGACCCUGCACCUUGUGCUUCGUCUUCGUGGAGGCAACUGACCGCCUCCGUGUCGCCUUGUCUGUUGAUCACUCUCCCGGAGGUUGUACCAUCAUUGUAUCACUCAUGACCUUUGUACUAUCACACUAGUAUCAUGAUCUAUCGCAGAAGUGGGCGUCGUUGGGUGAUAUCUGAUAUAUUCGCAUUGCAUUUUAAGGCA